GGCUGCAUUGCUAACCUACUCCAAGCGCCUCAUCGUCUUCAGAGGAAAGAAAACAGCGAGUGAGAAUUUAGCCAAAAUGGAGGGAGCUCCCUCUCUUCUCUGUCAUAAUUCUCCUUCCUCCUACUCUUCAAACCCUAACCACUCUCUAAAAUCACUCCCUUCAUCAUCUCCUUCUUUCUUGUUAUUCCCUUCCAAGCACUCCUCCAUCAAAACCCAUCAAGCAAACUCUCGCAUUUUUUCUUUGAAUAAAGAGCGUUCAAUGAGGAGGGAUAGCAACUUGAAUCUCGAAGUUUCACCACACAGAGCAGUUGCUGCUGUGAGGCUGCUGAGGGUUGAACAGGGAGGAGCUUUCACUGACCUGUUAAUCGAGAAGGGGAGAAAUUCAGCUACAAAUGAGAUGGACUAUGUCGAAAGGACACUAGGUUUUCGUACACGAGAUUUGGAUGAUAGAGAUAUAAGACUGGUGACGGAUGUUGUUGGAAGCGCUAUUCGUUGGAAGCGCUAUUUGGACCACCUUAUCAUGUCUUUAUGUAAUGAAGAAAAAACAUUUAGAGACAUGGAGCCACUUCUUUUGCAGAUACUUCGCAUUGGAUUCUGUGAGAUCAUCAAGUUAGACAUGCCGGCAUAUGCUGUUGUUGAUGAGAAUGUUAGACUUGCAAAAGUAGCUCUAAGGCCUGGUGCAGGGAACUUGGUAAAUGGGAUAUUGAGGAAGCUAGUUUUACUCAAGGGAACAAAUUCACUUCCACUACCAAAGCUUGAAGGUGAUGAUCGUGCACGAGCACGAGCUCUUGCCAUUAUUCAUUCUCAUCCAGUCUGGAUGGUGAGGAGGUGGAUAAAAUUUCUUGGGCGAGAGGAGGCUGUGAGACUAAUGAACUGGAACAAUAGUGAUCCUAGUUUCAGCAUCAGGGUGAACACUUGGAAAGGCUAUACGAGGGAUGACCUUGUUACUCAACUGAACACUUUGAAGGUUCCACAUGAAAUCUCUACAUACAAUGAUGAUUUUGUUCGCAUACAAAGAGGUAUGCAGAUUGUCAUUCAAGCUGGAUUACUAAAAGAAGGGUUAUGUUCAGUUCAAGAUGAGAGUGCAGGUCUUGUGGUGUCUGUGUUGGAUCCACAACCCGGAGAGACUAUCAUUGAUUGCUGUGCUGCACCUGGUGGAAAGACGCUUUUUAUGGGAUCACGCAUGAGAGGUCAAGGUAAGGUAUUGGCAAUUGACAUAAAUAAAGGCCGCUUAAGAAUUCUUAAAGAGACCACCAAGUUGCAUGGUUUAGAUGGUGUGGUCAUCACUUGUUGUGCUGACCUUCGAUUAUUUUCUGAAAAGAAUCUAAUAAAGUCCGAUAAAGUGUUACUUGAUGCUCCUUGCUCCGGAUUAGGUGUGCUUUCCAAGAGGGCGGACUUGCGGUGGAAUAGAAAAUUAGAAGAUUUGGAACAGUUGAAGCUUUUACAGGAUGAGCUACUUGAUGCAGCAUCUAGGUUGGUAAAGCCUGGUGGGGUGCUUGUGUACAGUACUUGCUCCAUUGAUCCUGAAGAAAAUGAAGAGAGGAUUAAGUCAUUUCUUCUUAGGCAUCCGGAAUUUGUUGUAGAUCCUGUAAAUGGGAAAAUUCCUCCAGAUUUCAUCACGGAGAAAGGUUUUUACUCUUCAAAUCCGGUCAAGCAUUCUAUUGAUGGGUCAUUUGCAGCUCGACUGAUUCGUUCAUUACACCACCCAGUAUUGUGACCAUUUUUUUAAUUCUAGAAGUAUGAUAAUUUGACCAUCCUGCUCUCACUUAUCACUGCAAGUGGAUCUCUUCCGUACUGUGGUUAUUAUGAAUUCAUAAGAAACCUUCAUAUGGUAAUCUCAAGGAGAUUUAUUCGGCUGCAGUUUUUUUCCCCAAUUUAAAUACUCACAUCGUAGUUAAGUGGAGGGAAAGAAAUUCAAGAGGACGUGGCUCUAGCAAAUUAUGAUCACAUGUUUAUUUGAUGCAUUUCCGGU